GUCAGGAGGGAUUAGUAGAAGAAUGCUGGUCCCGGGUGCCAAACAGGAAGAUGGUGAUGCGUUGGCCGAGUGCUGCAGCUGUUAAAUGGUUGCUGUUGAUGCUCCUAUGGCAGUGGACAGUGCUGGGCCACCUCGGCUGGGUUCUGGCCCUGGCUGAGGGACAGCAGAGUAAGAACCCCUCACUCACUGCUGCCAGCACUGGACGCCAGAGUGGCGGCCACCUGGAUUGGCUACUGUCCGAGAAGGGACCUUUCCACCGUUGUCCUGAAUACACAGAGUUCAAAGAACGCUUCCAGCAGGGUUUCUCCACACGCUAUAAGAUCUACAGGGAAUUCAGCCAUUGGAAAGUGAACAGCUUGGCUACAGAGAAGAGGGACUUUUUUAAGGCACCCUUGCCGCUGGCGCCGGAGUUUCUACGCAACCUGAGGUUGCUGGGCCGAAGACCAAGUCUGCAGCAGAUCCACGAGAACUUGAUCAAGAAAUACGGAACUCACUUUUUGGUGUCUGCUACGCUAGGAGGAGAAGAAUCGUUGACAAUCUUCCUGGAUAAGCAGAAGCUCAGUAAGAAAUCGGUGGGACAAGGAAACAGCUCUGUGGUCUCCCUGGAAGUAUUGCAUCAGUUGGCUGCCUCUUAUUUCACAGACCGCGAGAGCACCUUGAGACGACUUCACCACCUACAGAUAGCUACCUCCGCCAUAAAGGUAACAGAAACUAGGACCGGGCCCCUUGGAUGCAGUAACUAUGACAGCCUUGAUUCUGUUAGCUCUGUCUUGGUACACAGUCCUGAAAAUAAAAUACAGCUAAAAGGUUUACAGGAUGUCCUUCCAGAAUUCCUCCGGAACCGUUUCGUGGAGGCUGCUCUCAGCUACGUGGCAUGCAACUCUGAGGGGGAGCUUUUGUGUCGUAACAAUGACUGCUGGUGCCGCUGCUCUGCCAAGUUCCCAGAUUGUAACUGCCCCUUUGCUGAUAUUAAAGUCAUGGAGGAAAAUCUGCACAAAAGCAAGGAAUCCUGGACCAACUUCAACACCGAAUUCAUGGAAUCAGACGAAUUCAAGGCCUUCAUGAAAAAACUACCAACAGACCGUUUUUUAAACACAUCCUUGGUAUUCAAGUUUUGGGCAGCAGAUGCAGCUCUCCAGAGGCGCUACAUCCAAUUGGAGAGCAGCACCAAUUUGAUUCUUGGGAAAGCCCAGAAGAUUGUGAGGAAACUCUUCUCUCUGAGCAAGCGAUGUCCCAAACUGCCAAGGAUCAGCCUCCCAAGAGAAAGGACACCAGGAUUUUGGCUGAACAGGGCCCAGUCACUCCUGUACUGCAAUGAGCAUGGAGUCCUGGGCACGUUUUCAGAGGAGGUGCAGAGCUGCACCUGCACUGCAGAGCACAGUAGUGCCUGCCAGGGGACAGUGCCCUGUGAGGUCGGAGAAGGGUCAUCCUGCCUCUCAUGUGCCCCAGACAACAUCACACGCUGUGGCUCCUGCCACCUUGGCAACAUCCUGCACCUGGGCUCGUGUCGGCCCAACAUAGCAAACUCUCUGGACCACUACCUGAACAUUGACUUUGACAUGCCGGAUGCAGAGUUCAAGUACCUGCUCCAGCGGCUGGACAGUCGCAUGGAAGUCCAUGCCAUCUACAUCAGCAAUGACGUGCGUCUGGGCAGCUGGUUCAACCCAGCCUGGAGGAAACGCAUGCUCCUCACUCUAAAGAGCAACAAAAACAAAUCCAACCUCAUUCAUAUGCUAAUGGGUAUCUCAUUCCAGAUCUGCUCUACUAAAAACAGUACCCUGGAGCCUGUGCCUGCUAUCUAUAUCAACCCAUUUGGGGGUAGCCACUCAGAGAGUUGGUUCAUGCCUGUCAACCAGCAGGACUUCCCAGACUGGGAAAGAACUAAGGUGGAUGCCUCUCUGCAGUGCUACAACUGGACACUGAUGCUGGGCACAAAGUGGAAGUCCUUCUUCGAGACGGUGCACAUUUACCUGCGCAGCCGCAUCCUGACCGAUGACCCCACCGUCAACGAGACCCUUUUCUACGAACCCCUGGACCUAGAUGACCACACGUCCAACCUGGGCUACAUGAAGAUCAACAAUCUCAAGGUGUUCGGCUACAGCAUGCACUUUGACCCUGAGGGCAUCAAAGACCUGAUUCUGCAGCUGGACUACCCUUACACGCAAGGCACCCAGGACGCAGCCUUUCAUAUGCUGCUGGAGAUGAGAGACCGCAUCAACCGGCUCUCUCCGCCUGGAUUGCAGGCAUUGGACCUCUUUUCAUGUCUGCUCCGCCACAGGCUCAAGCUCUCCACUAGUGAGGUGGUGCGCAUCCGAGACUCCCUCCAGAUUUUCAACUCCAAGCUGCCCAAUUCCUCGGAGGCAGAGCUGGGCCAGUUGUGCAGCUAGCUCAGUCUAAAUUAGAGUCCAGAGAGUGCUGUGCUGCGCUGCUGGUUACUCUUCAGUCAGUUGCCAAUUUAUCCAUCUGGUUUGGAAAACAUGCACAUAUAUUUCUCUGAGAUGUCUAGAGCAUUCCUAUACACUGGUUGACAGAGCUCGGAGUGUGUUGGCUCUGUUGGAUGUGAAGUGAUGUCAUGACAACAGAUUUUGCUUUGCACAGAUAGAGUUUUUAAUAUAAAGAGCGAGGAACUGAGUUUGGAAAAUAAUUGCUCUGGAUUGUUCAUCUGUUGGCAGUAAGUUGAGGAAACAGAAGAGGAUUUCCCUUUCUAUCGCUUUUUUCUUUGGUUACAGAAUGAUUUCAUUUAAAAGAGUCUGAUGGGCUGAAUGAGUUGAUUAUGCUUACAAAAUGACACAUUGGUUUCCUUACCCUGUAAGCAGUCUAUGGACAAGGUUUGACAGCAAUCUAUGUUUUGGUUUAGUUUCCCUGGCACUGUUUCCACAUGCUAAUGUUUUGGAAUUUGUGGCAGAAAUCCCAUUCAAGUCAUGGGACUGAUAUUAGCAUUUUUCACAUCCAAAUCAUGUCCACAUUUCUUAAAGUAUCUAAAGUUGAAUGUAAAGCCCAACAAAGUCACUUAUGAGUUUAACAUGAUGCACAGAAAAUUCUAAUAUCGUUCAUGACUUUGUGCCACAAAUGCUAAAACAUUAGCAUGUGGAAA